CGGCCGUCGGUGGCGGCGAUAAGCCGACGAGGACGCGAACUUUGAGUCCGCGAUAGCGAGGCCGGACACGAACGCGGCGAGCCUGCUGGCAAACGUUCAAGAGACAGUUCCUACGCCUUCCCCGGCAGCAUAGAGAGAUCGAAACAACGAGACGGAACUUGAAGAAGAAAACGCGGUGCGUUUACUGUGGUUGUCGACGUGAGUCACCGACCGUGCAAGUACUCAACCAGCGGAGGGACAUCUCAACAGACGGAGCUGUAGUCCCGCAACAUGCCAGCAGAGGCCCUCACGUGCAAGAAUCAAACAUGUGGAAAGGAACUUCCCGACACCGGAAAAAAAUUUCUCCGGUGUUCGUCAUGCACCAAGAUCACCUGUCGGAACUGCAAGGCUUCCCACGACAACAUAAAUUGCAAGACAUACCAAGAGGGACAAAAUGAGAAGCCGUCAACAGCCAGCAGGGGUCCCAAGGGCCAGCCAGGACUCGAUAGCGCUGAUAGCAAGAAAUACGAGGCUGACACGUUCCAACUUUUCAACCCUGGAGAAGAGUACGUGUGUGGAGCGCGACUGCAAGGUGUCAACGACUACUGCUGCUUCAGUGUGGUCCUCCACGAGGGCUCCCAACGAUUCUGGUGCCCGUUGUGCCUAGCCAAGCACAGUAUAUUGACAGAUGGGAGUGGAAAGAGGUGGCUAAAAAGGGAACUUCAAGCACCACCGUCCCGGUUCCGGCCGAACAACUGGUCAUGUCAACGUUGAUCGAUGGAGCGUCGUCGCGUCUGUGGUCUCCGGGCGCCGGCAUCUUGCAACCAUGCAUGGCGUGUGUAUGCACGCCAGGUGUAAGAUGGCGGAGCCUGAACGCGGCACUUGAAAACGUCCACUACGUGUACCAGUACUCAACAGAAUCACGCAGGUCUGAGUGUUUGGCACUCCACUUUCUUUGUCAAACAUAUCGACAGUCUAGCUCCCUUCUCCGGAGAACUGCGAACGCAGUAAGGGCAAAGAGGUUUACACACGCACCAGCGUCUGGUUUUACGAUUGCGUGCCGUAGAACGCUGGCUCAAGCAUGAUAGACCCGGACACGUUUCUGAUUAUCCGCGGUUAUGAAACUUGUCACCGGGAAAAUAAAAAAAUAAAAAUAAAAACUGUGUC